CAAAAAAAAACCCCUUUAUCCUUUUGUAAACGCAAAAUAUCUAGAACAAUGGCUUCGAGUAGAGGAACUGAAAAGACGCUUCAAAAAUUGAGAGAAUCAGUAAAUGCUGGUAACUACUAUGAAGCUCAGCAAAUGUACCGAACUGUCGCAAGAAGACUCAACAAACAACAAAAGUAUCAAGAUACCAUCCGUUUACUCCAUGAUGGAGCUGUCUUAUUAUUGCAACACAAACAAUUUGGCUCUGGUUCCGAUUUAGCCAACUACAUGAUUGAUACUUAUAAACUCGCCAACGUGCCUGUAGAUGAGACUUCCUUAGACCGUGUUGUUGAAAUUCUCAGUCUUUUCCCAUCCACAGAGGUUAGCCGCAAAGCUUAUAUUAGUAACGCUUUCAGAUGGACUAAGUCUAACGGCGAGUACCCUGAGGGAGAUCCCGAGUUGCACGAUUAUGUUGGAACAUUGCUUUACAACGAGAAAAAGUACAGCAUGGCAGAAGAUCAUCUGCUUUUAGGAACGAGCCACAGUGCAGAAGUAAUUGGUAAACUAGCAUACGAAUGGGCAACAGAAGAAAAUGCUCAAUAUAAGGGUAUUUACCUUGCCCGUGUCGUACUCCAAUAUUUGGCCUCAAAAGAUAUCCUUCUUGCUACAUUGGCAUAUAAGAAUUUUAUUUCAUCAGGAAAGCAACCUAUUGCAGGAGAAUCUCAAGUUCGACGUGCACCAGCUGAUGAACCAACUGCUAUUCAAAUCUACGCCGAUCCAUGGAUGAACUUCACCCAAAUGUUAUUAUUAACAGUUCAAAGAAACGGAGCUGAUUUAUUUAAGGAACUUAAAUCAAAAUACGAAGGACUCUAUGGAUCUGAACCUAAUUUUGUUGAAUUAAUUGAAGAUAUUGGCCUCAACUUUUUCAACAUCGCGAAACCAAGAAAGCAGGGUAAUAUGAUGGCAGAUAUGAUGGCCAAUCUGUUUGGCGGAGGAAGUGGUAGUGGUGCUAAUCCUUUGCUCCAAUUGGGCGCUGGCAAUGCAAAAUCCUCUGGUGAGGAUCUGGAUUAAAAUGUCUUUUUUCACCUUUUGUACCUCUAAAUUAAAUGUUUAACUAUCUCAUAAAUGCUCUUUCUGUCCUAUUGUAGACUAUUCAAACUUUUCGUUUCUUAUUAGUCUUUUCCCAUGUGCUUAUUAUAUAUGAUUUUCAUCAAUGGUACCAGAAAAAUUUAUCUAUGAAUACAUCAAUUUACGGUACCGAUAAAUAUUUUAAAUCCAUAAAAGCUUUGCCUCCCCUCCCCACCGCUUCCCCCGAAAAUAGAAAUAAACAGAAAUGGUUCAUAUGUUUUGCUAAGC